AUGAUUGAUAUAAACCUUAACAACAUCACAUCUUACUUUACACUCAACAACACCUACAUCGCCGUGGGAUUGCUGACGUCAUGCAUGUCCCUCUGCGGUUGCGCAUUGAUACUUGGAACAUAUCUUUGUUUUCGGAAUUUACGUGGAACUGGUAGAAAGAUACUAGUAUAUAUCACCAUAUGCAAUAUUGGUGCUUGUGUGGGACAUAUAAUAGGUGCCGCCACUAUCAUCGGGUAUGACGAGAAAACAGCAUUCGUUUCAUUUACACCGUGUGCUGUUUCAAGUGCAUUCACCAUAUGUUUCCGCCUUGGAAGUUACCUUUGGACAUGCGCGUUAGGUCUUUUCCUGUGCGUUAGCAUGUCGUGGAAACGAAUGCAAUUCGGCAAAGCCUUGAUGGGACCGUUCCAUUUGGUCUGUUGGAGUAUACCAAUUGGUAUAACGAUUGCGGUCCUGGUGUCAGAUGUAGUUGGGUUCGAUUCCCAACCUUUGACCAAUCAAAACCGUCCUCCCUGGUGCUGGAUCGACCACCAUGCCCCGGAUUACGUCACGUGGGCUUUCCUGACAGGUCCAGGAUGGCAGAUGGGUACUAUUGUUGUGUGUGCCUGUUGCUACACCGUUUUGCAAUGGCACUCACUGGUCAAGAAGCCGCCGCAUGCUGAGGAUGUUGGCGAGUCGACAGAGAACCUGUUCAGCAUCAUCACGUCUGCCAACUCCCGCCUUCGCCAAAUUCUCAUCGUUUUCAUCCUCCUUCAAGUCUGGGGUACUUGGAGUUUUCUAGUGUCCCUGCACAGCCCCAGUCCUGUCUGGCUCGUCUUUCUUCAGGAGAUUGGAAACCACAGCCAGGGACUGGCUAAUGCCAUUAUCUUUUGUAUAUAUACCACUGCCGUCAGGACGAAACUGGCGCCAAAAUUUAAGACUUGUUGCUGUUGCUGCUGCAGACUUUGUCCCAUCACUUGCAAGAAAUCUACAAUGAGGAUCCCCGUGGAGAUGGCAGCACUGGGCUCACAGGGACCAGAGGGAGAAGAAUUAAUGAGAAGCACAGGAGAGGAUGAAAUAUAG